AGGAGCAGAGAGAGGGAGGGGAAGAAAGAGAGAGAGAGCAAUGUGCCUUUCACAGAGCUGGGAGCUUGAUGGGAAUGUUUGAUUAGCUCCUCUCUGAAAGAAAAAAGGUGUCCAGGCCUCCCUCUGCUGCCUGCUUCUCCUUCUGUAGAAUAAUGUUGGCUGGAGUUUGGGGUACAGAAAAGCUUGGAAAAAAUAGCACUUUCAUACUGUGUGGAGAAAAGGAAUAAAAAGUUGCACACCUCAAGCAAGUGCUUCUUAGUGACGCACCCAGAUUUUGCUUUACUCACCAUGAAGGCCACAGCCAUUGCAACCUUCUUUGGUGUGUUUCUUACAUGUACAUAUACAGCUAAGGAAGCCACAAAGAAGCUAAAAAAACCUAAGCUAUAUUUUGCACUCACAGAUGUACCCCAGAUUGAUUGCGACGUCAAGGCAGGGAAGAUAAUCAAUCCAGAAUUCAUUGCAAAAUGCCCUCCUGGAUGUCAAGAUGUAAAAUACCGUGUUUAUGGCACAGACAUUUAUGCUUCCUUUUCCAGCGUCUGCAAUGCUGCAAUUCACAGUGGUAUAAUUGACAACACAGGCGGGAAGAUCCUUGUCCAGAAAGUUGCUGGCCACUCUGCUUACCGCGGGAGCUUCUCCAACGGGGUCCGGUCCUUGUCGCUGCCGCGCUGGAGGGAGUCCUUCCUCGUGUCAGAGGGCAAGCCAAGAAAAGGUGUGACAUAUCCAUCAACUCUUGAAUAUUCUUCUUCAAAAAGUACUGCUGUUAAAUCAGAGCCUAAAAAGCCAGAGCAAGACCCAAAAGGUAUGAAGAGUGCAGAUACUACUAACACAUCAGAAAAAGCAUCAGAACAAGGGGAUGCAAUCCGCAAAGAGUAUCAGACGUCUCCAGUGCCAACACCAGCCACACAAAUGGCCACCACAACCCCAACACCAACAACCACAACGACAGAUCCUUCCACCACAGUGCCACAGCCAACCACAACACCUGCAACAACCAGAACUACAGCAGCUGCAGCCAAGACUAGACCUGGACUGCAUAGGGUCAGAGAUAUGGGUUCUAGCAGUGUCCACCCAGCAUAUGCAUCUGUGGUAGCUGCAGCAUCAAGACAGGUUCAGGCUGCACAAGGAAGAGGACAGAAUACAGCAUUCAGGGGCACUUCCACCUCUACAAGUAACAGGAAUAUUGUACGACACAAUACAGGUAUUCAGCGCCAAGAGCCUGUUGCCACCUUCCAGAGGGCUGCCGGCUCUCCAGCCCACCUAGCAAUGGAAACAGACUCAUGGAAACAUGGAUUGAGCCUUUUUGACACAGGCUUCAGCUCAAAGGAAGAAUUGAACCCGAAGCCACUGGAGUCCAUCUCCCAGGGCAACCAGAACUGCAAGGUUGAUUUGUCCUUCUUAAUGGAUGGAAGCUGGAGCAUUGGCAAACGCCGCUUUCAGCUUCAGAAGCGGUUCCUUGGUAAUGUGGCUCAAGCCCUUGGCAUUGGCAGUGCUGGUCCUCUGAUGGGCAUCAUUCAGUAUGGUGAUGACCCUUCCACAGAAUUUAACUUAAAAACUUAUGCCAACUCCAAGGACCUAAGAAACGCCAUUGAGAAAAUUCAACAGAAAGGGGGACUUUCCAAUGUUGGGAAGGCACUUUCAUUUGUUAACAAAAACUUCUUUUUGGAUGCUAAUGGAAACCGAGGUGGAGCACCCAAUGUGGUUGUAGUGGUGGUGGACGGGUGGCCGACGGACCAAGUGGAAGAGGCCUCCAGGCUGGCCAGAGAAUCAGGGAUCAACAUUUUCUUUGUCACUGUUGAAGCAGCUGCUCAAAAUGAAAAGCAGAAUGUUAUUGAACCGAACUUUGUGGACAAGGCGGUGUGCAGGACAAAUGGUUUCUAUUCCAUCAACGUGCCCAGCUGGUUCAGCCUACACAAGGUGGUCCAGCCCCUGGUGAAGCGGGUCUGUGACACCGACCGGCUGGUUUGCAGCAAGACGUGCCUCAAUUCGGCCGACAUCGGUUUCGUCAUCGAUGGCUCCAGCAGCGUCGGCACCAGCAACUUCCGCACAGUCCUCCAGUUUGUAGCCAACAUCAGCAAGGAGUUUGAGAUUUCAGACACGGACACCCGUGUCGGGGCCGUUCAGUACACCUAUGAGCAAAGGCUGGAGUUCAGCUUUGACAAGUACAGCACAAAGGAGGAUGUGCUGAGUGCCAUUAAGAGGAUCAGUUACUGGAGUGGUGGGACCAGCACGGGAGCAGCCAUCAGCUACGCCUCAGAGCAGCUGUUCAGCAAAUCCAAACCCAACAAAAGAAAGAUCAUGAUUCUCAUUACAGAUGGCAGGUCUUACGAUGACGUCAGCGUGCCGGCCAUGGAAGCUCAUCGAAAUGGAGUCAUUGCUUACUCCAUCGGAGUUGCUUGGGCAGCCCCAGACGAACUGGAAGCCAUUGCAACAGAUCCCCAUAAGGAGCAUUCCUUCUUUGUGGAUGAAUUUGACAACCUCUAUCGCUAUGUUAAUCAGCUCAUACAAAACAUUUGCACAGAAUUUAAUUCCCAGCCACGGAACUGACGGACUCAAGCAAGGCAGGACCCUUGGGCACCAUGCUGAAGGCAUGUCAAGUGCCACAGGAAUAAUGCCAGCCCUCAGUACAAGAAACACUGAAGGUGUUUUCCUCUGGCACUUUCUAGUCAGCAAGAUUGAUUGCAGCUCUGUCCCUAUGCAUGCUCUGUGUAGACUAUUGAUUUUUUUUUUUUCCUUGCAGUCUUCAGAAACUCUGAUUUGGAUGGAUAGCAAAAGAGGCAGUAAACAUGGAGGAAAUAAAUGCAGCAGUUUGAAAAGCUGCUUCCAGAAUAGAGCCCCAGCUUGCCCACUUCUCACCUCUGAACAUACACAAGCUCCUAACAAUGCACCACCUGCUCCUUGAAGCAGCCAGGUCCCUUCAGGGAGUGGCCAUGCUGCUGAGCAGUAGAAGCACCUCUGUUGGCAUUGCCCACCAGAUGACACUCAGAUCAGGGCUGAAAUAUCAGACCACAGCUCAAAUUUGAGUACCUUCUUAAAAACAGGCAUUGCUUAAAAACAGCAUAUUGCUGUCUUGCCAGCAAGUCAAGCUUCAGCUACUGUAAACUCAAGCACUGAGAUUUAUUGAAACCCUGGGAAACUGGAAGACAAGUGAGAGGAAAAGGUCAAGAUCUGGGACCAUACAACCCUUUGUCAAGUCCAAUAAAGCCCCAAAUCCAUAAGGCAGCCAACAUGCAAGAACUGGAAUCUAGUCUCCUUCAAUACUGCAUUAAUAUUUGAUUUUGAGAAGUGUCUUGCCUCCUUAACUCUCUUCCUCUGCUCUUGGGUGGCUCAAGGUCUGCAGGACCACAGGAAAGUUGCCAGGACAGAGAAGACUCUGAGAAAAAAUGUGGGUUUAAGUUGCUCACACUCAGAAAAGCAUUUGAGACCCACCAUUCUGUUGUUAAAACACUGCUCAGAACAGCUUACAGCAGUCUGUAGUGUAAGGAGAGCCAUUCUGUAUUAUAUACUGGGAAACACAGCAUUUCAAGCAUUUACAGACACCCUCUUCCAAAUUUGGGAUAGACUUAUGUUUUAUGGAUUGAUUUAAAAAUGUAGAUACUACAGCCCUGGAUCAGUUAAAACACACAGUGGUUUCUUAAGUGAAGAACUACCCCUAUCACUAGUCAGUGAGGACUGACACACUAGGAGGACCAAAAGAAUCACACUUUAAUUAGGAAGCAGCAGUUGCUGGUUAUGUUCCAUCCAGUAUCAUUUAAGAAAAUAUGUUCAUUAAGCAAGAUUAUCAAAGAGUCAAUAAAAAUGUAUGUGUUCAUGUACCUUAUGGCAAUUGAAGCCGUGCCGCAUUAGGCUUGUGGAACUAACAGGAAAUGGGAAGAAAUUAAAACUUAAAUUUCACAUAUUACUUGCAAAUCAAGCUUUUAACAGUAUUUAUAGUUUUAAUAACCAUGACCCAAGAUAUUUAUUAGCCACAUAAAAAUUUAAUUGAAGUUAACUGCCGUAAGGGAAACUCCUUUCUGUCGGCAAAAGUAGCACAAUCUUUUAAACGGUUAUGUUUGGAAAUGUGGAUGAAAAAAGUGCCAGUUAAAUAAGCAUAAUGCAAACUAGUGAAACCAGCAGAUUUUGCAUGAUCCCUCUCGUGUGGUAACAUAAGCCAGGCUGGGGUCCUCUCAAGAGGUAAUCGAAAACAGUCCUGGAUGAAACAAUGGUUUUACACAGGGAAGGUUCAGAUCUUCCUCUUAGAAAAAAAACAUUCUUAGAAGAACAUCAUCAAUUCAACAAUGCCACCCAGACAGAAGGUGCAGGCCAUUGCCAGCUUCCAAAAAAAAAAUCAAAAUAAAGACAUACAAUAUAUUUGUACGCAGAAUUUUUAACACUAAUCUGUGCUGCUGCACUUCCACAGCAAUAGUUUCUUGGCUUGAAGAAAUGAUUAAGAAGAGAGUUAUGUAUGAGCAGAGUAACUCCUAAUACUUCCCAUCUCCCACCUCCUCACUACUGUUUGGCUGAACACAUCUUUCUCUGUCAACAAGGGACAUUACACGGGCUGGACAAAACUCAAAGACAUGAACUGAAUUUAAUGAGGACUUCAGUUCACACACCAGAUUUAUUGUCUGAAAACCACUUGCUUGGGGCUCGAUUUGGGGCUAGCUGAGAAAAAGACCUAAGUCUUAACUUAUACCUACUCUUAAUAUUGUGGCUUAAUUUUUAAUGCAACAAUUUACCACCACAUAUUCUUCUCCAUACUGACCGUACAGUUGUGGCACAUAAAACUGGUACCCCACAGAGACUCACCAGUAUUUCAUUCGUGCUCUGCAAAAAGCACAGCAAUGAUGGCUAAGAUAUUAGGAACAGCUAGAGCCAUACAUGUUCUUUAGGAUAUGCAUAAGGGAUAUAUGCAUAUAGGAUACAACUUCUUCCUAAAGCUUAAACCUCAAGCAAUGACAGUAAACUUUCAAGAGCUUUUUCACAGGGAAGUUGCAGAGCUAUCUUAUGUCAAGCAUUUAUAAUGGGCACUUCAGGGUUUGUUAUUGUUUAUAUGGUUUAUCUUAAGUUUACAGAACAACUAUGGUGCUCAUUUGCCAAUGUGCCUUUUUAUUUACUUCUUCAGAUGACCUUGAAAUUGUUGGAUCUCAAAGUGUGAAAGUGGUUUAAUUCGACUCUCAUCUAAACUUAGAUGUCUUAUUCAUAAACAUUGUAAACUUAAGCAGAAGCCUCAAAACUUGUAAGAAUACACUCUUCCAUUAACAAAAGCAACAUACUCCUCUUAACCUUUACCUCAUAGCAAUCAAAUUACUUGCCACCUACAAAAGUCUCUAAAUACUGUUUUAUUAAAAAACAAGAUAACUUACAUAUAUAUCUUGAUAAAAUAAAUGUUCAAGGAGGUAUACUUGUUUCAGGAAAGCAGCAGAACUCCUUCUGUAACAUAUACAAGCUAUUUUGAGCUUAUCUAUAUAAGUUGCUAUAUCUUUUGCAAUAAAAUUGUCUUAAAGGCA